AUGUCUUCCCAAGACUACGCGCAGGCAUACGAAGCUCUCGAUAAGGCAGCAGGCCAGACCACGCGCUUCUUGACCGGCCUCAAUAUCAGACAUGGAUUUAUCGGCGGCUAUGCAACCUCUUUGAUCGGCGGACGCCGUAUUACCUAUGACAUUGAUAUCAUUAUCGAUGCCGAUCCCAAGACCAUUCAGACCCAGCUCGUCGAAAAUUGCCAGGACUUCACAAUAAGUUCUCAAAACAAACUCCACUUUCAGAGUGGUAUCGACACUGUCACCAUUGAGAUGCUUCGAGGAGGUGGAGACCGUCAGCUGAAGCUGCCCGACCCAAAGACGGUGGAGCUAGUUGAACUUGCCCCAAGAAGCCGCCCAGGACGCGUUGAGUCAACUUUCAGUCAGUUAUCUUCUACUUGA